AUGCCAUCAAGAGGAUGUUCUGUGAAGAAACUCAUUGAAUCAAGAUGCUGGGAGGACCCACAUUGGUUGGCACUGCCGGAAGAAGAAUGGCCUCGUUCUAUCCCAAUCGAUAACAAAGAAGAGAAUGAUUGGGUGGAUACACAGAUUCAUAGGAAACAGCGAAAGAGGACAGAAGAAAGAGAAGCAGAAGAGUUAAAAGUUUAUGAAUUGACAAGGGCUGAGAAAUGUAUCGUAAAGAUUAUUCAACAUGAUUCUUUUUCAUCUGAUGAUAUUAAGAAACUGAUGUCAAUAAGCGUGUUCAAAGAUGGUGAAGGCAUUUUACGUGUCAAGUCUAGGUUGACUGAAAGGAAAGACCAUGAAAAUUUUAUUUAUCCGAUGUUACUUCCUAAGAAUCAUAAGAUUGUGGAGAAAUUGAUAAUUCAUAAACAUCUCUCUAUAUCUCAUGCAGGAAUUCACGUACUGAUGUCAACACUUAGAGAGACGUUUCGGAUCCUGAGAAGCAGAGCUACGAUUCGAAAAGCUUUAUAUGCAUGUGUCAGGUGCAGGAGACAUGGAAGUAAACGACUACAGACUGUGCCUGCUACUCUACCAGAAAUGAGAGUUAGAGAUGCUCCGGCGGUCCAUUUGGAACUGAUUUUGUCCCUUUCAACUCAAGGAUUUUUGCUUGGUCUUAGAAGAUUUAUUGCCCGUAGAGGGAGGCCAUCGAUAAUUUACAGCGAUAAGAAAAGCAAUUUUGUCGGAUCCAGUAAUCUCUUGAGAUCGAUUAAUUGGAAUACCAUUGAGAUAGAAGCCGCUACAAACAAGAUCGAUUGGAAGUUCAGUCCAUCCACCGCACCAUGCUGGGUUGGCUUUUGGGAAAGACUGGUUCAAAUGAUUAAGAAGCUUUUGCGUCGAGUGCUAGGCCAGUCACGUCUGAAUUAUGAAGAAUUGAUGAGUGGGCUGUGCGACUGCGAAGCAACUGUAAAUGCCAGACCACUCACUUAUGUGUCAGAGGACUUAGAUGAUCUGAUGCUUUUGACACCUUCCUUGGUUUUAGGUGAAAUUCCAGUCUUUGGAGUUCCUGACUUGGAUCAUCUUGAUAAA